AUGUCUAGAACACUUAUUUCUCCUUUGAUAAAAUCUACUUUUCACUGUGGCCGUCACAAGAGCGUGCAACCUCGUUUAUUAUCAACAUUCGAAAAAGUCUGCUCUUAUAGUCGAACUUUCUUGCAGGUUUACUCACCCCUCUUAAUCCAUAAAGAAGGAACACAAGAAUGGUCCAAACUUAUUAAAUCUGGGAAAGUUUGGGAGGACUACUUUCGCCCAUUUGAGUGGCACUUUCAGGCCGAAUAUACCGAUUUUUUGAAAGCAAUUGAUGGCCUCAAAGCCUCCUCAAGAAUUUCAUCUGUGGACAUUCUAAAAAGGCUGACGGUAAGUUUUGCACAGCAUAGUUGCGCCAUAGAAGGAAAUACAUUGGAACUAGCAGAAACACAAAAAGUUUGGAACACGCUGAAGAAGAAUUUUAGCCUGAAUGACUUUCUAAAAAAUAUAGACACGCCGUUACCUGCACCAAGUUCUCUUUCCAACAAACCAGAAAAUGAAGUUAUCGAAGUUCGAAAUCAUCUACUGGCAACCUAUUUUCUAUAUAAUACUUUUUAUGAGUUAGAUCACGAAAUUGACCUUGAUGGUAUCAAGACGGUCCAUCGCAUUAUGUUAAAAGACACAUCUCUGGAGAGAAUUGAAUUUGGUGAGGAUUUCCAACGCGCAGGUGAGUUCCGAAAGACAGAAGUAGAAGCACGUGGUUCGAUAUACACCGUUUAUCCACUUCCACUAGAAGUCCCCGCAUUGAUGGAAAGAUUCAUACAAUUUCGAGACGAGAGCCAAAAUAGUGGUCUUCAUCCUCUCAUAAUCGCUAGUCGUAUACUUUCGACCUUCCUUCAUGUUCAUCCAUUUGCAGAUGGUAAUGGGCGUGUUGGACGUUUAAUUAUGGCAUUAUAUCUCAUCCGCAAUGGGCUUCCGCCUGUUGUUUUCCAAGAUAUUCCACGAGAAGAAUACACAUCUACUUUAUUUCUAGCACAAGCAGAAAAGGAUUCGAUUCCACUAUAUGCUUUGGUUGUGCAAAACAUCUUUAAUAUUUUAAUGAGAUAUCAAGCGUAG